GUGGGAAAGAGCGAGAGCAAGAGCAAGAUUCUCUCUCUCUCUUCCUCUUCUCCGUGCGCGUAACGUGGGUUCAGACCUCAGAGCCCCUGAUCUUUCGCCCACAAAAACCCUAAAAAUUCACCUGUCUCCCUCUCUGUCUCUCUAAAACUUCACCUUCCCCUCUCUCUCUCUUUGUUUUGGGGCAGGCCACGCUCCCUAUCUCUCUCUGCCCCUCACUUUCUUUCUCACUCCUCUAAUUCCGGCCUCAGCACGGACGGAAUCCGGUGUCUCAUCGCCGGAUCUCCGACCGGAAUCCUCAGAUGAUUGACGACCUGCCCACGCCCUGCGCCAUCUAUGCUCUUUCUGUCUCAUGAUUCCAGGUUUAACCACGUUAUUAUCUAUCGAGCCUCUAUUCUCUGCAAUAACAAUUGCUCGAGUGUUUGGAAUUUGUUCUGGGCGAUAUAAGGUCUGUCUAUUAGUUCUGGGCGAUAUAAGGUCUGUCUAUUAACAAUGGGCUUUGACAUAUCAGAUGCAAAGCCGUGUAAUAAAUUGAGUUGAGAGAAAGGGAGAUGCCUCGGGCUGGGAGGAGGAGAGGGAAGCUCCGAUGGAGCAACCUUUACAGUUUCUCAUGUGUCCGGCCAAGUGUGCUAGAGUCCGAGGGCCCUCACUCCCUCCAGGGCCCAGGAUUUUCUCGGGUUGUAUAUUGCAACCAACCCAAAAUGCACAAAACAAAACCCAUCAAGUACCCAUCAAACUAUAUAUCCACAACCAAGUAUAACAUUAUAACCUUUCUUCCAAAAGCCAUCUUUGAGCAGUUUCGUCGCGUUGCCAAUCUAUAUUUUCUGUUGGCUGCAAUGCUGUCUUUGACACCUGUGGCCCCUUUCACCGCUGUGAGCAUGAUAGUUCCACUGGCUUUUGUUGUGGGUUUGAGUAUGGCAAAGGAGGCUUUGGAAGAUUGGAGGAGAUUUAUCCAGGACAUGAAGGUUAAUAGUCGAAAGGUUAGUGUACACAAAGGAGAAGGGAGUUUUGGGUACAAGAGUUGGCAGAAGCUGAGGGUUGGGGAUGUGGUGAAAGUAGAGAAGGACCAGUUCUUUCCUGCUGAUCUUCUACUAUUGUCAUCAAGCUAUGAAGAUGGGAUUUGCUAUGUUGAGACCAUGAAUUUGGAUGGGGAGACCAACCUCAAGGUUAAGAGGGCUCUUGAGGUCACCUUACCUUUAGAUGAGGACACUGCAUUCAAGAAUUUUGUUGCAACAAUUAGGUGUGAGGAUCCCAACCCUAAGCUCUACACGUUCGUGGGUAAUCUUGAAUUUGACAGGCAGGUCUAUGCUCUUGACCCUGCUCAAAUACUAAUUAGAGAUUCAAAGCUCCGGAAUACGGCUUUUGUUUAUGGAGUUGUGAUUUUCACCGGCCAUGACACCAAGGUUAUGCAGAAUUCCACGAAAUCCCCCUCGAAAAGGAGCAUGAUCGAGAAGAAGAUGGACUACAUUAUAUAUGUCCUUUUUACUCUUCUUGUGCUUAUCUCUCUCAUCAGUUCUAUUGGUUUUGCUGUGAAGACGAAGUUUGACAUGCCUAAUUGGUGGUACAUGCGACCUGAUAAACCACAAAACCUCUAUGACCCUUCAAAGCCAUCUCUCUCUGGUAUAUUUCAUCUGAUUACAGCCCUGAUCCUCUAUGGGUACCUGAUACCCAUCUCGCUCUAUGUCUCCAUCGAGGUUGUGAAGGUCUUGCAGGCGAUGUUUAUAAACCAGGACAUUCAAAUGUAUGAUGAGGAUACUGGCAAUCCAGCUCAAGCACGAACCUCAAAUUUGAAUGAGCAACUGGGUCAGGUUGAUACCAUUCUUUCUGAUAAGACGGGCACUCUCACUUGUAACCAGAUGGACUUUCUCAAAUGCUCCAUUGCUGGGGUUUCGUAUGGAGUGGGUUCAAGCGAAGUUGAGAUCGCAGCAGCAAAACAGAUGGCCAUGGACCUUAACUCAAAGAGCUUGGACAUCACAAACCAAAGCAAUCGGAAUUCGUGGGAAAAUGUUGCGAACCACCAAUUCAGUACAUCCGAAAUUGAAAUGCAACCGGGAACUCCAUUCAAAAGUGAAAAGGUGAAGAAGCCUCCUAUUAGAGGAUUCAAUUUUGAAGAUGACCGUCUGAUGAAUGGGAACUGGUUGAUAGAGUCCAAUGCAAAUGGGAUAUUGAUGUUCUUUCGAAUCUUGGCAAUAUGUCAAAGUGCCAUCCCUGAGCCUAAUGAGGAAACAGGACGUUUUAACUAUGAAGCAGAGUCACCAGAUGAAGGAUCAUUUCUUGUUGCAGCAAGGGAGUUUGGUUUUGAGUUCUGUAGAAGAACUCAGACUAGUGUCUUCAUUAGAGAGCAGUAUCCCUCUUAUAGCCAGCCAGUUGAGAGGGAGUACAAGAUUCUUAACCUAUUGGAGUUCAGUAGUAAGAGGAAACGAAUGUCUGUCAUUGUCCAGGUUGAGGAUGGACAGAUUUUCCUUUUCUGCAAAGGGGCAGACAGCAUCAUCUUUGACAGGCUUGCAAAGAAUGGCAGGAUGUAUGAGGAGGUGACAUCUAAGCAUCUGAAUGAAUAUGGAGAAGCAGGUUUACGCACAUUGGCACUUGCGUAUAAGAAACUUGAGGAAUCUGAAUACUCAGUAUGGAAUAGCGAGUUUGUGAAAGCAAAGACCACCAUAGGGCCUGAUCGAGAUGCUCUUCUUGAAAGAGUUGCUGACGUGAUGGAGAAAGAUUUGAUUCUUGUUGGUGCAACAGCUGUGGAAGACAAGUUACAGAAAGGGGUUCCUCAAUGCAUAGAUAAACUUGCACAAGCUGGCCUCAAGAUCUGGGUGCUGACAGGUGAUAAGAUGGAGACAGCAAUUAACAUUGGAUUUGCAUGCAGUCUGCUCCGUCAAGGCAUGAAACAGAUAAGCAUUACCACUAUGAACACUGAGUUGCUUGGUCAAGAUGCCAACAAGGCAGUGAAGGACAACAUCUUAUUGCAAAUCACUAAUUCUUCCCAAAUGGUCAAGCUGGAGAAGGAUCCUCAUGCUGCGUUCGCUUUGAUUAUUGAUGGGAAAACUCUAAGUUAUGCCUUAGAGGAUGAUCUGAAGCAUCAAUUUCUGAAUCUAGCAGUAGAUUGUGCAUCUGUCAUAUGUUGUCGGGUUUCACCAAAGCAGAAAGCAUUGGUGACCAGGCUUGUAAAGGAAGGAACUGGUAAAACCACUUUAGCAAUCGGUGAUGGUGCCAAUGAUGUUGGUAUGAUUCAAGAGGCAGACAUUGGUGUCGGUAUCAGUGGAGUUGAAGGGAUGCAGGCAGUAAUGGCAAGUGACUUCUCGAUUGCACAGUUUCGGUUUCUAGAGCGGCUGCUUGUAGUUCAUGGCCAUUGGUGCUAUAAGAGAAUUGCCCAAAUGGUUUGUUAUUUCUUCUACAAGAACAUAGCUUUCGGGCUCACACUCUUUUACUUCGAGGCGUACACUGGUUUCUCUGGGCAGUCAGUCUAUGAUGACUGGUACAUGUUACUCUUCAAUGUCAUACUCACCUCACUGCCUGUCAUAUCCCUUGGAGUUUUUGAGCAGGAUGUUUCUUCUGAUGUCUGCUUGCAGUUCCCAGCUCUGUACCAACAAGGCCCUCGAAACGUGUUCUUUGACUGGUACCGCAUCUUUGGGUGGAUGACCAAUGGCCUCUAUUCCUCACUCAUCACUUUCUUCUUCAGCAUCAACAUUUUCUAUGAUCAAGCCUUCCGCUCUGAUGGCCAGACUCCUGACAUGUCCUCGGUCGGGGCCGCCAUGUUCACCUGUGUAAUAUGGACCGUAAAUUUACAGAUUGCCCUUACCAUCAGCCACUUCACCUGGAUACAGCACCUCUUCAUAUGGGGUAGCAUAGCGACAUGGUACAUUUUCCUCUUCUUAUAUGGUGUGGCUUCCCCUCUCAUCUCCGGGAGGUCUUAUAAAAUUCUUAUAGAAGCUCUUGCACCUGCACCCAUAUAUUGGGCAGCUACUCUUCUUAUAACGUUGGCUUGUAAUCUUCCAUAUCUUGCCCACAUAUCAUUUCAAAGGUCCUUUAAUCCAAUGGAUCACCAUGUGAUCCAAGAGAUUAAGUAUUAUAAAAAGGAUGUGGAGGAUGCACACAUGUGGACUAGGGAGAGUUCUAAGGCUCGCCAAAAAACAAAGAUUGGGUUCACUGCUCGUGUCGAUGCCAAAAUUAGGCUGCUGAGAGGCAGGCUGCAAAAGAAAUACUCAUCAUUGGGUACGCCAACUGCACAACUGCAGCAACAACAACAAAACCUUGUUUCUUCUUAGCUCACUUUAUCUCAAUAUUGAUCUCUCUCUCCUUGAUUUUUUGAUGUUCUUUUGAUCUUUUAUGAUUCAUUUAUGAUAUUUUGUUGCGGUCACUUGGGGAUGGUUGAGGUCCCAUUAUAGCAGCGGCUGUGAGGUAUAUUAUUAUCUGUGUACAAUAGUAAGUCGUGGGAGUAACAGGCUGUGAAAUGACAGUUGAAUUUUCUGCUCAUUGUGCAUUUUUUUGUUUUUUUGUUUUAACGUUGAGAAAGAAGGGUUGGCCUUUUUUUAAGUGUCCCCAAAAUGUAAAUUAUGUGAAUCGCAGAGAGAUUAAGAAGGCUUGGAUGCCAUACAGAACUAGUCUUGAAUACCAUCCGAUAAUUGCAGCGAUUUCUUGUAUUUGUUCAACGGGGACUUGUGUAAAUGAAUUAUAGUACAAAGAUGGGGUGUUUUACUUUA